AUGUCUGAUCGUGAAUUCAGCUCUAACGAUGACCUGUCGCUUCCCAAGGCAACGGUCCAGAAGAUCAUCACUGAGAUCUUGCCUCCCUCCUCCGGUCAGACCUUCUCCAAAGAUGCGCGCGACUUGCUCAUGGAAUGCUGCGUCGAGUUCAUCACCCUGAUUUCCUCCGAAGCCAAUGACAUCAGCGAAAAAGAAGCCAAGAAGACAAUCGCAUGUGAGCAUGUUGAGAAAGCACUACGGGAUCUUGGGUUUGGAGACUAUAUUCCCGAUGUCCUUGCUGUUGCAGACGAGCACAAAGAACAAUUAAAGUCCCGAGAGAAGAAACAGAGCAAGAUGGAGCAGAGUGGCCUUUCGGAAGAAGAGCUUCUGCGACAACAACAGGAGCUGUUCCGGUCUGCGACUGAGAAGUACAAUGCGGCGGAGUAGGACGGUUGUUCCAAAGACAACCUUGGAACUCAUGCUGGUCAUAGAGGAAAAUUGCGGGCGUUUCUGCUUUUGCGUUUAUGGGAGAG